GAGGUGGGACGCGGGGAGCUGGAGCGGAAGCGCGGCUGCCAUUUUGUAUUAUUGCAGAUCGGUGUUUUCUCGCUUCGGGAGGUCGAAGCGGGGGACGCACCGUAAUUUUUGAGAGGGCGAGACGCCCGCAGCCGCUUUCCUGACGGACGCCUGGAGCGAUUGGCGCGCCCGAGAGCAGAGGGAAAGAGGCUGCGGCCUUUGCCGCAUAAUCUGUUGACAGCAAGCGCGCGUUUCUGCUCUUCUUUCCCGCGGAAAAUUACGGAGCUGAAGCUCUUUCGAGGCCUCCUUCGACUCCCAGGGGCCUGGUUAGUAAAAAUGAAAGGCGAGCGGGUCAUUCUUAACGGGUGUGUGUAUGUGUGCGUAUGUUUGUUGGGGUUGCUGGCUUUCGACGGUAGCGUCUAAAGCCGCACUUUGCAUCCCGUGUUCUCGUCGUGCUCUGAACUGAGAGGCCGACUGAGGCCUGCAAGUGGGUAACGGUUAAAUAGUAAAUGGGUGGCAAAAAGCGUUUGGGCGCUGCCCGGGGGCAGCUCCUGCUGCGGGGACGGUGAUGCCGAGGCGUUUGCUGUUCAGUGUUUUGAUAAAAUAUCGAGGCGUUUAAACAAUUCGCCGAAAGCGAAUGCUUUCCCUGUUUAGGACGGGGAUGGAAGGAAAGACUGAUUGCUUGGUGUGCUUGGAAAUGGUCGCUCUGGUUCUGCGUCGGAAGGUCGUUUCGGGAUCGAACACGCUACGGAAGGCCUCGUAGUUCUUGCGUUUUCGUUCGCUGGUUUAAGGGCACUUUUCCUGAGAACAUCGGAUCGUUCCGAACGUUUUCCCGAGGAAGUGAGUUGGAUGAUAUUAGAAACUGAAUGUCUAUAUAGACGCUGUACAAGAUGAAAAAACUCCGGAGUCGCAGCUCGUUUCACCGACUGAUUUCCAUCAGGAUGCGUAUUUCUGAUCUCAGUCAACCUAUCUUUGGAAAGGAAUGGGUAUUGAUAAUUGCUAGAGAGAAGACAUGCUUUUUCACUCCACCCGGUCUUUUUGCAAUGUAUUUUUCUACCAGGAUUAUAAUCGCGGAAGUCAUGCAUCGUAUGUCAGAGUUCUACACUCUGCAUUCUCUAGGAGGAAUAAAUCUUUGCCACGACCUUCCUGGGAAAAGAGUUCUUCAACCAGGCACUACUCCACCAGCAGUCAUUGAAUGGAUAGGAAUGAAUGAGCCUGUUUUAACAGGAAUCAGUGCUUGCUUGCUCAAAUUCACAUAUGGAUUACACAAGAAUAAAAUGCAGAGUAUAUACUUUUAACUGCAGAAACAUAAAAAAGCCAUUUCAUCUGAUAUUCAUUCUCUAUAUGGAAUUGUGUGAUAUGUACUGGUCCGUAGAGAGUUGGAGGUGUAAUUUUUUUUCUUUUUUGCAUGUGGUUACACUAUUCAGUUGGUUUUUAGGUGUUUUAAAGCUUAAAGGGACAAUAGGAUCCCAUUUUAUCUGCUCAAAAAUAAGUUGUCCUGAAAUACUGAACUCCUUGUUUGAUGUUUUUUCUCCUCUUACCAGAUUAAUGUAUAUGUGUUUUGGUUUACUUGGCAAUCAGGAAUUGAAAUUUUAAUAAUGGUUUUACUUCAGUUGGGAUUCCUGAAGGCUUUUUCGUUGCCCGGUAGACCUUUUGAAAAUAAAGGACAGGCUAUAAUGCUCUCUUUCUUUGUUGAAUCUCUUUGUUUAUUUUUCACUUGUCUUUAGGGGAAAAAUUGAGCUGCCCAAUGUUAGCAACGGUUCUAGCUUAGCUAGCUAGCUAGCAUUGCACAAAGCUAUAAAUUGUGACGUAAGCUUUUUGAACAAGUUGUUGUUCAUGUCCCUAGAUUAGUUGCCUAGAUUGUUUUCAGUGAAAUAUAGAAACUAUAUGGAUUGGACCUUACAAAUUAUAUAAGGUCUUUAAAAAGAAAGGUGGAUGUGCCAUACAUUUGUAGGAUUUGGAAAAAGUUUGAUUCUAAGCAUAGUGACAGAUAUGAAUGUUCAGUAUAUUUUAUAGUUGCAUAUAGUCUUAAAACUUUUUUGCACAUCAGAUAUCUGAUUUGGGUUCUGGUAUCAAAGACCUAUUAUAAUAUCAAAUACAUGGAAGGAAAUAUGUUCAAUUUAAUAUUCUAAAGAAUAUUAAAUUGAACAUAUUUCCUUCCAUGUAUUUGAUAUUGUAAUAGGUCUUUGAUACUGAAACUGCAGUACUGUGUACAUUUGUAAAUGGACUUUGAUAAGCUUAGUGGGACCUUAUGUCUCUAAGUAUAUAGGUUUAUAUUGUAGUUUUUCUGUUUCCUUUUUCUGGAACUGGUGAAAUAUGGAUAUUACAAGUGCUGUAUAAAUCUAUUGCUACAUAUGGACAUUACAUGUGUAUUUCUAUCUUUGCAAGGUACUUAUCUUCUAAAUUCAAAGUUAUUCUAACAUACUGGAUUCCUCUGGAUUCGUAUAGGCACAGAAAAUAUUAUGGGGAAAUUGGUAUAUCAUCAAUAUGUUUUCCUGGAAUUUCUGAAGUUGGGUAUGUUUCAUUAAUUUGGUCACUUAUUCAAUUUUUGAUGAACUUUCCGCUAUGUUUUUUAAAAGAAAAAGCAUGUUAGAAGAAAUGGACACUUAUCAUUUUUAUGUGGAACUUUCAAGGACUGAGGACAUUGAGGAAAAGGAUAUUUUUAAAUCAGAUUUUUUUUACCUCUCAAGAUUUUGAAGAUCAAUCUCAUAUCUCUGGCAUCAGUUUAAGUAGAGAGCAUAAUGAACCUCUCAAAACAUGUGAAAAACAAGAUAUACAUAUGAAAUUCACAAAUCCUAUUUUUUUGGUACAUCUCUGCAAUACAAAAGGAACAGAGCAACUUAUUUUUUAUUUCUUACUGGGUGGUUAAUGUACACCAUGGUUCUGGAUAUGCCACUGAAUGUGGCAUAAAAUGUAAAUCUGCUUCUUGGCCAUUAAUUUUGUUUCAUUUUCUUUCCACAGUUGAUUUCACAGCCUUAAUCAGGCCUUCCAAGAAGAACCAGGUGAUUAUUGCUGUGGGUUGAGCUCAAAAUGGCUGUAGUCAUCCGUUUACAGGGACUUCCUCUUGUUGCGGGUUCUGGAGAUAUUCGUCGCUUCUUCUCAGGAUUGAAUAUUCCUGAUGGAGGUGUACAUAUUAUUGGAGGAGAAAAGGGGGAAGCUUUUAUUAUAUUUGCAACGGAUGAAGAUGCCAGACGAGCAAUGAGCUAUUCAGGAGGAUUUAUCAAGGAUUCACGUAUACAGUUCUUUCUUAGUAGCAAGGCAGAAAUGCAGAGCAUAAUCGAAAUUAAUAGGAAAAAAUUUGAUCGUGGUGGAAGAGGACGAGGAUCUAGGCGGACAGGUCCUAAUAAUUCAGGAACAUCUGAUGUUGGCAACCUUUCAAAUAUAGUUCAAGUCAUUAAAAAGGGAAUUGGUAAAUCUAGCCAUGAUUCCAGAGUUCCUUUGGAGGAUGAGUUUCAUUCUAGUGGCUCUCGAAACAGUAAUAUAAAUAUUUCAGAAUCAAUUUUUAACCAGCCUAGAAAAGAAAUGUCUAAAUCUGAUAGAUUAUAUUUAUUCAUACGUGGUAUGCCUUAUUCUUCAACAGAAGACGAUGUGUUCAAUUUCUUUUCUGGAUUACAAGUGGAGAAGGUACUUAUGUUAAAAACCAAUGGUCAAAUAAAUGGAGAUGGUUUGGUCAAAUUUGCUACAUUAAGUGAUGCCAUGAAAGGACUGCAACGGGAUAGGAAUUAUAUGGGUGAACGGUUUAUAGAAGUACGUCCCUCCAGUGAGGGAACAUGGAUUAAGUAUGGUGGUAGAAUAGAUGAGAAGAUAAAUGAUGCUUUCCACUUUCAACAUAAUUUGAAUACAGGACAUAGUUUUUCAAACACAGAACAUCCAAAAAAAGAGCCAAGCUAUUUGUCUUCAAGGAAACGUACCCGAUCCAAAACUCCACCACGUAGAGUAGUAUCACAGGUUAAUUCAAGGUCUCCUUCAUGGAGGAUUACAGAACGCAGCUAUUCAAAAUCUCCUUCACAAAGGGUUGUGGCACAUGCAUUUUCAAGAUCUCCUCCAAGGGAUAUGGCACACACUGGUUCAAGAUCUCCACGGAGGGUCAUGGCACGUAAUGGUUCAAAGUCACCACCACGGAGGGUCAUGGAACCUAUCCAUUCACAUUCUCCAAGGAGGAUCACAGCAAGUACCCAUUCAAGGUCUCCAAGGAAGGUUAAAACCCACUCUCAUUCACCUUUCUCUGCUCCAAACCAACCCCAUUCACCCCAGAGCAAGGAAUAUUACAUACAUCUUAAAAAUCUGUCUGCUGCUAUUGAAAAGAAGGACUUGCGGGCAUUUUUUGAGGAGCUAACUUUAGCGAACAAAGACAUUACUUUUCUAAAAUCUCAUGAUAAUGAGGCAAGAAACAAGGAUGCAGUUAUUACACUCAGAUCAGAAGAAGCAUAUACAGCAGCACUGAGUUAUCACAAGCUUGAUCUUUUUGGACGACUAGUUUACAUUUUCCCUGUUUCAAAAAGAAGAGUGCAAGAAUUAAUUGGAUCUUCUGAAGUUAAAAGAUCACCAGGACAUCGCCACGUAAAGGAUAAAAAUAAUCAAGAUGGCUACUUUGGCUCAAAGACAUGUGUAUAUGUAAGAAAUUUUCCAUUUGAUGUGACAAAAGUUGAAGUACAAAAAUUCUUUGCAGGAUUUAACAUUGAUGACAAUGACAUUUAUUUGCUUUAUGAUGACAAAGGAGUUGGACUGGGAGAAGCACUAGUUAAAUUCAGAACAGAAAAUCAGGCCCGAAAAGCUGAAAGCUUAAAUCGCCGGUGCUUUUUGGGGACAGAGGUACUCUUAAGAUGUAUACCCGAGGAGCAAAUGCAAGAGUUUGGUAUUAAUAUUUCAUCAGCAUCUAAUGAAAAGAUGCAAGGGUAUCACCAUAGUCGUGAAAGAGAUGAAAACUUUUAUUCUGUUGAUUCAGAAGGACCCUCUGUGCAAGAAGGUGACUAUGGAUGCCUGUCUGAUGAUUUUAUCUGCUCAUCUGAGAGAGGUCCUCCCCAAUUUAAAGAAUUUGGUGAUGGUAUUCCUGGAAAUUUUUCCGAUAGACGCUUUGUGCCCGAUUCUAACUUUGGUGGUGGCUCAGAUUCUGUAACAUUCAUCAAAUUAAGAAAUAUACCAUUUCGAGCUUCUCCUAAUGAAAUUCUGGAUUUUUUCCAUGGCUAUAAAAUUAUACCAGAAUCUCUUUCUGUUCAGCACAAUGAAUAUGGAAUGUUUUCUGGUGAAGCAAUCAUUGCUCUAAUAAAUUACAAAGAGGCAGAGGCUGCUAUUAAUGAACUAAACGAAAGGCCAAUUGGCCAGCGCAAAGUUAGAUUAACUUUGGUAUAGGUGAAAAUGAGGUAGAAUAAAUAUACAGUAUUAUUUCAUUAUAAUUCACAAUUUUUUACUUGGAAAAUAAACCAUUAAGUUUAAUUUUAAAAUUGCAACAUUUUUAAUUGCUUUUUUAAAAAAAUGGAUCAACCUCAUAGUUCUGCCAAGUUAUCUUUAAAAUAUGCAUAGCUGAAUUACAACAUUUGACAUGUACUUCAUCCGUCUGCUGCAUGUAUAUUUGCAGUUUAUCUAAAUAUGGUUUGAUGUAAAACAUUGUAUUUUCAGAGUUGUUCAAAAGCAUAGGUUGUGUCACCCUUGUAUAUAUUAAAUCCAUAGGAUUCUUGUCCAUUGUUAAUUUUCAGUGAUAGCUUAAAUGGUUUUGUUAUUGUCAGUUAGACUUUCUUUUAAAAUAAAAGUACAUGCACUGAAGUAUGUGGACGAGUCAUUGAUGCAUUUUUUAUUCAUAGCAGUAAUAUAAAACUUACUAGAAUUGCAAGAUAUUUGGCAUAUGUGAACAUAAGUAAUGAUUUUAUAAAUUUUUAUAGGAACAGGUACAAUUUAAAAUAUUGUAUAGGCUAAAUAAUGCAGCCUACUGUGAUAUCUGUAUACCCCUACAAUUUUGUUUCAUGCUUAGAUUUUCUAUUAAUUUGGCAAUAGUAUUAUCCUUGGGUAGAAAAAGCCUUAAUACAUUCUUUUAAAUGUUUUAGGGUUAGGGUUAAAAAGGAAAUGACAGCUAAAAAGUAUCCAGUAUUUAAAACAACUUCAGAAACAUUUUCAAGUUGAUCUACAUGCAUUAUAAGGACAUUUUUACUUGGGUACUUGUAGCUGCAGCAUCAUUUUAACAUGAUUACUUUGGCUUUGUAUGCAUUAGGCAAAUCUUUCUCAACUGUUUGUCUUCCAAAUAUACUGGACUACAAUUCUCUUCAAAUUUAGUCUAUUUGGCUUGGGAAUUAAACAUAAUCUGGAGGGUAUCAAUCAGAUUGUGAAAGGCAAUGUUGAAUACUUACAUAUGGGAUGUCAGGAUGACACUCCUCAAUCAAAUCUUAUUUCAUAUACCACUGAGUAAUUAAAUUUUUCUCUUAAAGAUAGUGUUUGACAUGGAUAAAAGUCAACAUAUCUUCGUGGUAUUUAUUACUUUAAUUAGCUGAGCUACAGAAAUAAUUUUCAAGUAUGACUAGUAAAGAAAACUGCUUUUUUUGAGUAUGGUUAUGUAGUUUAUCAUAUAUUGAUUUGCAAGGUCAAUCAUUGUAUUCCAGGAUAAUAUCUUGGCAUUAUUGUACAGUGUAAAUUGAUCUUUAGUUACUGAAGUAAAGAGAUUAUGGUUCAGUUUUAGAUUUUUGCACAUCUGCAUUUUAAUUAGUUGAUGGAAGUUAAAUGCUUAUUCUCUUUGGUUUCAAACUUAGCGUUUUGUAUAGUUUAAAAACGUGCUAUGGACUUCAGUUUCAGAAUCACUAAGACCAGAUAUAAAUACUUAAUGUGAGAAGCAUUUUUUAUUUCUAAAAAUAUAACCUACAAUAGAAUGGAUGUUAGAAUGUCGCUGAUACAUAAUUAAAGCAUUAAUUCUGAU